GCUUCUAUUGCGCUCACGUGACACCCGUACUAGUCUUUCAUUGGUUGUCAUUAGGCGGCGAUUUAGGUUUGAAUCUGUACUGUGGCCGGUGAGGCGCUUCCUUGGAAAGCGAAGGUUUCCUUCUGCUCUCCAGAAACAUACUGGCAGAGUCAUUUCUUCCUAAUCCAAUUGACCAUAGUGAAUGUGAUAGUGACUUCGACAAUGUGCCCCUGGAGCUAGGACUGAUCUGAAUGAUGUAUAAAUAAAAUAUAGGAUUUCACCUUUUCAUCAUGGCACCCACGAAAAAGAAAACCAGUCGCAAACCAAAAAAUCGUUGUGUGAAAAAUGAGAAAUUGGCUUCAUUCAUCAAGGAUUUUGACAGCCAAGUAAAGAUUAUCACAGAAGAAUUGAAGGCAAGUGUUGUGAAUAUCCUCAAAGAAGUGGACAGCCAGUACAAUAUUGAAAUAAUCAAACUACCUAUGGCUAUAAGAGAAAUGUGCUGGCUCGAUUACAUUGCAAAAGGUGGAAGUCAAAAGGCAUUGGAAGCCGCUGCUACGGUGAAAGUAGACAUGGAAGAAAUUACAUCUACUGUUACCAAAACACCAUUCAAGCUGGACAAAAAAGUGAAAAAGGGAAAGUGUAAGUCUGAUGAGACAUUGGAACCAAAUCCUCUGCAAAGUGUAAUAAGAACUAAAACAAAGGCCAAAGUUGCUGCAAAGAAACCAUCUACUGCAAGAAAAACUCGAGCUUCCACUGCAAACUUGACUAACACCAGCAAAAGGACAAGUAAGAGAGGCCGUGCAACACCCUCUGCAAGCAAACAAAUUGAGACCUCUUUACUGGGAUACACACCUGCUGCUACCCCUAGAAUUGAUACCAGCAUAUUUAAAACCCCAGCACUGCGUACGCCAUGCUUGCAGGAACCAGUCUACACAUUUUCUGCUAACGGCAGCCCUUUGGCUGGUAUGGAUGAGCUGUUUAUCAAUGUGCCUGCAGGAGAUGGAAAGAAUAUUCGUCUUCUGGCCAGUGAGGUGGACAGUUUGGAUAUUAAUCGCUUAGACAAUCAAGCGUUUGAAAACAUUAAACUCCUCUCGAGUCAACUCCAAAGGUUCUGCAAGAAACUAAAGUGAAUUCUUCAUUCGUCCAUCUUGUAAUUUUGUUUUUUAUCUUGGAUACAUUUCUGUGUAUUAUUGUAAAUAACUGUAAAAGCUGUGUAUUUUAUUUCUUUGUAGAGAGUUGUUAAAUACAAAACCUUUCUGUUGUGGGCUGCAGCUCCUCUGAAAAGUUGCUGUUCACAACAGCUUUUGUGUAGCACAUUUGACACUCUUGGUGUAUAGAAUGCGAAGUGGCAGGGAAAACAUUUAAACCCAUUACUCUGAUGUUACUGCUUUAUCUUGAUAUUCUAACAGUGUUUUUUUAUUAAUAAAACACACACACAUGAUUUAAGAGUUUAAA